AUGUUGAAAGCUUUGAUUUGUCUAUGUCUCAUCCUCCUCCCUGUCAUCUCCGUUGUAGGAGAAAAAGCGCCACCGGGUCGGUGGAAGAGAAUUAGGAAUCUAGAUCGUGAUUACUUCGUUAACAUCGCCAAGUUUGCAGUCGAUGAGCAUAACAGGCGUUCAAAAAAUAAACUGGUGUUCAUUAGAAUCCUCGAGGGAAGGGAGCAAAUGGAUACGGGACAAAGAGACUACUUUAAAAUCGGGGUCAGGAAUAGUGAAGAUUGGUCAGAGAUAUAUGAGGCAUCAGUGUUUGACAAGGAACAUAAGAAUGCUCCGAUCCUUGAGUUUUUCAGGAAGAUAAGGUAA